CUCUUUUUUCUUUUCAGACGUCGUCUCAGCAGGCUAUCUAGCAUAUUCUAUACCCCAGACCUGUUUCUCGCCGGUACUUCCCAUUCACGAAUUGGACCACUACAAGCUGGGGUAGAUCACGCGCGGCGUACCCAGGCCAUGUCGAGCUAGAAAUAAAGCUUGGUUCUAACCCGCUGUCCCGACUUUGUUCGUCGGCUGAAAAUCAGUCGUGCCCAUUUUCUUCAUAUCAGCCACUUUAUCCUCGCCACUGAUCCACCACGGUCUUGACUUCUCUCACGAUCCCUAUGAGGGCUCUCCCUCACGCCCAAAUACUACCUUCGCCAUGUCAACGUCAGAGUAUAUCCCUGUGUUUAAUCGGUCGGAGACCAUCUUGUCUACUACGCUUGUCUUUCUUGUUAUUGCGUGGAUCGCUGUAUUCCUUAGGCUAUUCGUAAGACUAAGGAUCCCGAACAGUCUGGGUUGGGAUGACCUCUUCGUUUGCUUUGCCAUUUCUUCGUGUACUGCUGGCUCAGUAAUUGUGUGUCUCCAGCCGGGCGCUGGUAUGGGCAAGCACAUGAAAACAUUACCACUCGACAAGCUGGAGCAAUACUUCUCCUACGUCUUCGCUGCAAACGUAACCUACUGCUCCUCGACAACAUUGAUCAAGAUCGCCAUCCUCCAACAAUACCUCCGCCUCUUUGAAGGGGCUUCCAACCUCGUUCGACGCAUCUGCUAUGUUCUCAUCGCUGUCACCGGCGCCUGGGGCAUCUCAUUCUCUCUCGUCGCACUCCUCGGCUGCCACCCCAUCCGUGCUAACUGGGAAGCCAAGUACUUCUUAGACCCGAAGCUCAACGCCAAACACUGCAUCGCAUUCGGCUCCAAGGAUGCCGGAACCAUAUUUCGCACAUUCGCCGGGCACGCCUCCUCAAACAUGUUCCUCGAUGUCCUCGUCCUCCUGACUCCCAUGCCCUUUCUUAAAACGCUUAAAAUGCAAGGCAAAACACGAUGGGGCAUCAUCGCCCUCUUCGCCAUCGGCGCAAUCGUCACUCUCUUCAGCAUCGCCCGCCUCGCCGCCCUCGCCACCACCCGGGCAGGCACCUGGCCCGUCUUCGACGUGACCUGGUACGCGCCCCCGAUCUUCAUCUUCUCCUCCCUCGAGGUCGAAGUCGCCAUCCUGUGCGCCUCCAUCCCCAUCUUCUGGCCCCUCGUUGCCAGCCUCUCCUUCGGCAAGAUCCUCGUCGUCAACGAGAUCUCGGUGCACUCCGCGCCGCGGGACUCGAUCUUGCUCGAGCUGGGGCGCCGCGGCGGCUCUGUGCGCAGCAGCGAUGGAGACGUGAAGUCGGAGGGUUUCCAUCUGGGUCGGGGGAGGAGAUUGAGCGAUGGGAGCGAGGGGAAGGGGGAGCUGUUGGAGAGCACGGAGAGCCAGAGUCAGGGGGAGCGGGAGAGGUAUUAUGCGGAUCGGUAUGUGGCGGGGUUGGUGGCGCCGGACUGGGGGAAUGGAGAAGAUGUGAGGAAGAAAGGGGCGCAUACGACGACGGUAGAGAGGGCGGAGAUGCCGUUUGAUCAUAUUAAUGCGAUGCAGGAUAAAUGAGCCUGAUGUUGCGGAUGGAAUAGGAAUACAAGCAAAGUUUCUUGGACUUGAGUGUUGAAUCGAGGGAGUGGUUUUAUGUGAGUGAGUGAGUGAGU